AUGCCCCGCCGAAGCCGUCCGAUUGAGUACGACGAUGUCAUCGACGAUAUGGAGGAGGUGUAUCCUAGCCGAGCUAAGGGAGAUCCGUUCCUAGUCGACCACGACGCACGCUAUAGCCGCCGGGUACCGCGUAGGCAUGGACCAGCUGUUGAGAAGCUCGACCGUCGCCAUGUCCGAGAACGUGCGAAGCCUGAAAUUCCUCUCGAAGGUUAUGAGUAUCUACGAGACGACGCUCUGACUGCUGAACGGCUUGCCAGGCUUGACCUGAAUGCGUAUCGUAAUGAGGAGGUUGACAAGUACAAAAAUAUGGCGCACAAUGUUCGCGGAUCAAAACCUCGUGGAAGGAGGUCCGAAAGGGUAUCUGAUGUUGAAGAGGCAUACUUUUCUAAUGGGGAUUCUACCCAGGAUUACACGGAUAGUGAAUCUGAUGUGGUGGAGGAGGUUGUUAGCAAGAAGAAACAACCAGUGAUGCCUCAACAUGACUAUCAUCCUCGCAAGAAAGCCAUACCACGCAGUAAAAGCGUGAAGGACGAAAGACACAUGCGAAGAUCAAAAUAUGAUGACGGUGCUUUCCCCAAGAACAGCCGCUCGAUGGAAGCAUUUCCUGGCGAUAGAAAAGGCCCACGCCGCGAUGCAGCUCCACGGUCUCAUCAUCGGUCACAUUUCCACAUCGACAUCGUGGAUGAUGAGAGCGAAACCGACGAAAGCGAGUUGGAUGUUCUUCCGAAACAUGGUCGACGGGGGAUGGCACGGGGAGAUCCUAUCAGACACAAGUAUUCUACACGAAGGCGAGCAACGCCCUCGCUAUCAUCGUCGCCCGAAUCUGCAGGGUCUUCUGAAGAGGAAGAGCUUCCCAAAGUUCCUUUACCAGUUCCCGUUCCCCCGAUCUACAAAAGCUCACCCAGGAGACAUAAAUCUCUCAACCACUCACCAGCGCUUCAAAUACCUCGCCCACCCAGCCCACCUACCCCACCUCGUGUACCGGACCUGGAAACAGUCCUCAGCGAGCGUGAAGCUCGCCAUAGAAAAAGAACUGAAGACGCGGCCAAGGAAGAGGUUGAGGUCGAGAAACAAAGUAGAGAAUCGCUUCAGCUAACCCCUCAAGAACAUAACACGCGACGGAAGAAAGGGAAACCGGCAGCCGUGCUUGAGAGACCAGAGCUCGGAAGCAGGGACGCCCUCGUCGAAGAUGAACGAGUCGAUCCACGGGGCUCGUACAAGAAGCGCGAGGUAGUCGAAGAGGACUACUACAGAGGUCGAGACCCUCAAUCUUCUCGCAGCUCACCUCUGAGCGACCCUAUGGAUGAAUGGGCCAUUGUUCAAGCUCCCUCCAAGUCGAAACACAGUCCCGAAAAAGAACUGCCUGUUGUAGACGUUCGAGAAGAAUCAAGGCGCUCCCGACGAAAAGACCGUCAAGCAAAUCCAGCUGAAGACGAGAUGAGAGAGCCUAAGCAUAAGGUGGAUACUCCUCGGAGCAAAGUUGGGCCGCGAUAUAUCGGAGUUAAGGACCGUCGAGAACGCCUCUGGACUGAAAUAACGAAGGAUCUAGUUGUGAAGGAAGCAAUUGAACGUGCGGGGUAUGAGUACGAGGAAAUGGACACGGUCUAUUAUAUCUUCUCCUACCUUCACCCGGAGGAUGUAAACUCCUUGGUUGAGGAUUCUGACGAUAUCCGACGAGCGCGCCGCCGACGUAUCCAGCAGAUCCAGCGCGAGCGUGCCUCCGUACCCCCUUCGUCAAGGCGAUCACCGAACAAGUCAGCUCCUAUACUCCCGGAGAGGCCUCCAUCACCUCCAGUGCCGCCAUCACCACCCCCGCAACCACGUCAAUAUCGGGAUGAUCGAAGAGAUGACCGACGGAGGAGAGAACGGCCGCGCGAAUAUGAACGGGAGGACAUUGAGGAGGGUCGCUGGAGAGGUCGUCCGGGCCGGUGGUAA